GGAAGAUGGAAGGACAAACAGGGCCACCGUCAAAGGAGAGGACAAGGGGGUUUUACUUGAGUGUCCCCUGUGCCUGUGCUUUGAUCCUGUUGGCGGUGAUACUGGCUGCUGUGGUGGGCAUUGUGGUAUUCAUUGUAGGACCACGCCAUGCUGUGUGUCAGUGCCACAUGCCCAAUACGUCACUUCCGGUCGGGGGGAUACGGAGCAGAGAGGAGCUCCACGGAUUUCCUAUUUCAAGCAAAGAUUACCUAACGAAUUCCACAAUGAUAUCAACGCUGGCAUUGUCGGCUUCGUCCCCACACACGUCAUCAACGUCAACAUCAUCCUCGGCUACGUCUUCUACCACGACAACGACCACACAGCCGCCGCCUGUAAACAAAACCUUCCCUGGUCAAGUCGAACCUUAUCACUACAAUAUGGAGCUGUUCAUUGACAUCUACCAAUGUAAUUCAUCAUUAUUCAAACUCCACGGCAACGUAUCUAUCUUCCUUGACGUAAAAACACCGACGGCGAAUAUUAUUCUUCAUGCCAAAGAGCUAACCAUUUUCAGACAAUCCCUAUCUUUAAAACCAUUGAGAACCAAUCAGUGCGCUCCAGGAAUUGUUGAAGCAGUCUAUGAUAAAGAAAAGGAGUUGUAUACUCUCGUGUUAGACGAGAAGUUGACUGUAGGCGAGAGGUACGAGUUGGCUAUUCGAUAUGAGGACAAGCUGACGUCAUCACCAUUCGGAAUAUCGUUCGGCUACGACACAGACGAGACUGGACAAAAACAAUACUUUGCGGUGAGCCAGUUCCAUCCAUCUUCAGCACGACAAGCUAUUCCCUGUUUCGAUGAACCUCGCUAUAAGACUACCUUCAACAUAACGCUGGUGAGGAAAGUGGGGAAUUAUACCUCGCGGUCCAACACGGACAUCAUCCGGCAGGAUCCAAGGGGAGACAACUUUGUUGCCGACGUCUACAAGACAACACCAAAGAUGUACAUCGACAUCCUCGCCUUCGCUGUUGUCAACUACGACUACAUGGAAAACGUCACUUCCACAGGGGUCACGUAUCGCACUAUAUCUAAGCCGGGCACUACAGCUGAAGCAACAAUGGCCCACGAACAGGGAAUACGGAUAUUUGAGUGGUUAAACAAGAACCUGCAGCCCCCCUAUCCACUGUCAAAAAUAGAUAACAUCGUCAUCAAGGGCCGAGUCUGGGCCGGCAUGGAGAACUGGGGACUGCUCAUAUAUAAUGACAUUCUGUUCAACCCCGCUGUCGACCCGAGGAAGCUUAAACAACAAACCAUGCUUUUGCUUGCACACGAAAUGUGUCAUCAGUGGCUAGGAAAUCUGGUAUCCCCGAAAACUUGGCGAUGGGCGUGGCUGAGCGAGGGCUUUGCAAUGUUCUUUGAGGUUCAAGUGAUACACACUCUCCAUCCAUCCCGCAGGACGGAUGAAUUGUUUGUGGUAGACUUUCUCCAUCGUGUGUUUAUCGACGACGCAAACAGACACUGGCCACUAGUGAAGGAUGAACCAAAGUUUGACAAUAUCCUAUACUCCAAGGGAGCUGGCGUUGUCCGGAUGAUGCGACUGAUCUUCGGAGAGGAACUGUUUCUGAGAGCAAUAAAUCUUUAUUUGAUCAGGCAUCAGUACGGAUCAGUAGAGAAUUCCGACAUGUGGACAGUCUUCAAUGAGGAAGCUGCAAAGGAGAAUAUUACUUUAAACGUUGGAGAUUUAAUGGAACCGUGGCUGCUACAAAUGCAUUAUCCGGUUGUCAUGGUUACAAUCCAACGACCAGGGGCCCUGGAAGUCAGUCAACAGCUAUUCCAAACCAACAUGAGCGCGGACGUCAGCGACGAUGGAGCGAAAUACGGAUAUAAAUGGGACAUUCCCCUUACUUAUGUUACUGGAUCUGAUACUUCGCCCUUCAGUAAAGAGUACACAUUUCAAGAAAUAUCGUGGCUCUACAGAACACAGAACUCAACUUUGGUGGAAGACGUCAACAUAACAGACCCCUCUACUCCCGGAGGCUGGGUUCUUGUCAACCUCCACCAGACGGGGUACUACAGGGUGAACUAUGAGGAAGCCAACUGGUUGGCCCUAGUUAGACAGUUGGAAACAGAUCACACAGUUAUCCCGCCUGUCAACAGAGCUCAGAUAAUCGAUGAUGCGUUUAAUCUUGCUAGGGUUGGUCUACUGAACGCCUCCAUAGCCUUCCGGACUCUCGGCUUCCUGAGGAAUGACAGCGACUACAUCUCUUGGACUCCGGCUACCCGUGUCUUGGACGAUCUGGACUCACGACUACUGGACACUCGCUUCUAUGGGGCUUUCAAGGCUUUUGUGCUGGACCUGAUUACCAAUGCAUACAGAAACUACGGCUUGGAGGGUAAUGCCUCGGACACGCUCCUUGUUGUAUAUCAGCGAGACAGGAUCGCCCGUCUGGCAUGUCAGUAUGGCCUUGGGAGUUGUUUAGCUGAUUCCUCACGCCUGUUUAACCUCUGGACCAUCGACCAGGACAAGUACAGACCGUCCCCGGAUAUUGUGAACGUUAUCAACUGCUACGGGGUACGGGAAGGGGGAUUAAAGGCGUGGCAGGCGAUGUACGACGCCUACAGCACCACCAACGAUCUCAAGUACGCCUUUCGACUGCUGUAUCCACUUGCCUGUCCCAAGGAGCCGUGGCUCCUCAGAAGGGUCCUGGAUAUUGCAAGUGAUGCUAAGAAGAUGAAGAAGACAUCCCAUCAAUCAACAGUCUUCACCAACCUGGCCAGAUCUCAAGAUGCCAUGCACGUCGUGUGGAACUACGUCAAGGAGAACAUUAACACGCUCUCGGAAGUCACAGUAAAGGAUGUCAUCAGAGUUGCCGCCCAGACAUUAACCAGCACUACGUUUGCAUCAGAGCUUGAACUCCUGGCAAACAACACAAAAUCUAUCAGUCCUUCUGUCGUCAGUUCAGCCUUGUCUGGAUUCAACACCAGGAAGUUGUGGCUGGAGGACCACAGUGCCAUGUUGACAGAGUGGUUCAAUGAGAUGGGGUAUGGUUAUUACAUAUUGUAGAACCUCACGGGGUACGGUGAUAGUGAACUGUAGAACUUCGUGGGUCAUGGUAAUUAGGUGAUGUAGACUCUCACUGCAUACAUAAUCGUGUUCUGUAGAACUUCAAGGGUCGUGGUAGGUAUGUACUGUAGAGCUUCAAGGGACAUGGUAGCUAUGUACUGUAGAACUUCAAGGGACAUGGUAGCUAUGUACUGUAGAACUUCAAGGGGCAUGGUAGCUAUGUACUGUAGAACUUCAAGGGACAUGGUAGCUAUGUACUGUAGAACUUCAAGGGGCAUGGUAGCUAUGUACUGUAGAACUUCAAGGGACAUGGUAGCUAUGUACUGUAGAACUUCAAGGGGCAUGGUAGCUAUGUACUGUGGAGCCUCACGGGGUACGAUAGUUAUGUAACGUAGACCUUCACAGGCUAUGGUAAUUGAGUGAUGAAGAACUACAUAGGGUAGUGUCAUUAUAUACUAUACAGCUUCAUGGCGUAAGCAGCCGCGGUUCGCUGUGCAGAGUUGCGUCCCUUGGGCACGCCAGAAACCUAUAAUUGUGAGUUCGA